UAUUGUAAUUGAUAUUGCUUUUAUCAAAUUUAAUUUUUUGUUUGACUAUGGCCUAAGUAGUAUUGACCUAUUUCCCUGAAAAUGGCGACUGAUGAUGACAUUAUCCGCAAGAGACUUUUGAUUGAAGGAGACGGAGGAAAUGAUGACCGUAGAAUUGGUAGUUUAUUAAAGAUGUUCAUAAAGUGGUGUAACUCUACAGACGACACUCCAGAAGAAAGUCUUGCUACAGAGCAGAGGAUGUUGGCCACACUGUCACAGUGUGAGAUGGCAAUGGAAAAAUCUGUUAUAGUUCACAGAAUGAAUCUCAAAGAACAGGAGAACUACCAAGGACAGAAUAAAAGAAUAGAAAGCAGCAUUCAAGAUGCCUUAGAAAAAAUCUCUGAAUGUAAGAACGAGUUGCAGACAGCAAAGAGAGUAAGAAGAAAUCGACAACAAUAUGAUGCCUUGGCCAGAGUUAUAGCAGAUCACCCAGAUAGAAAGGACACAAUGAAACAACUUGAAGCAUUGGAUAAAGAAAUGGAAAGCUUGAAGGAAACAAAAGAAACACUGGAACAAAAGUUGAGUUUGCGCCGCAAGCAGUUCCAUGUGCUGAUCACGGCAUUGCAGGAGAUGCAGAGAAUCCUGGAAGUGGAUGAACACAGCACUGAGCAGGCUUCCACAGAGACGAGCAUGGAGAUGGGAUGAACAAGGCCAAUUGUUGCAGGGAAGACCACCAAGUUGUUUUAAAGAUCAGGGGAGUUACAAGCAUAUGGCUAGAGACCCAGGAGAGAAUAAUGGUAGAAAAGUCACUAACCAGUGAACUUUAUACUGUUUUAAAGGAAAUCCAAUUUGCAGUUGAUAUUAGUGAGAAUCAGUAUCCCACACCAACAACUUUUAAAAACAUGUGGGAAAUUUUAUAGCCCUGCUUUGAAGUUUAUUGGUACAAACCUUCCAUUAAACAGGGUGGUAGAAAAGAGGAUGAUAGGGUGCACGCUGGCCCCUCACUAAACUGUCAUCACUUUAACAUGAAGAAACAAGGAAAAACUGUUGCAACUUGAAAGUGACCAAUUGACAGCAUGACAUUCCUUAUCACUGGGAUAUGAUGCUACAUUAAGAUGUGAUUUUUUCAGGUUAAGUAAUGUACUUUAAAUAAAUACAUAUAC